GUGAUAAUUUCGAAAUUUUUAUUCUAUUCCCGUGAAAAGUUAUUGAGAGAUUUUCGCGGGAAAGCAAUAAAGGCGAGAGAGAGGUGGGAUUCGUAGGUGUAAUCGCUAAGCAACGCGAGUGUCCUCUGCCAAUCAGGGGAUUUGUGGGCGUGUCUUUCUCUUACUAGUAACAAAUUCCCUAUAAAAACGGUAGAGUGUGUGUCCGCAUUUCUCUAACAAACUUCAUCACCCGUUACACCGCACCAGCUGAUAAAAAUAAAAUAAAAAAAUAAUAAUAAUCUCUUCUUUUUUUUCUUUCUUUCUUUUUUUUAUUGCUUCCCUCUCUCACCCUUAUCAAAAAUCUUCUCCCUUUUUUUUCUCCCCUCAUUAAGAAUCUGGUGUUCAAGAUGAGUGCCUCCUUUUGGAUUAUUCAGUGGCUACUGUUGUUCUCCCACGUGUUGUUCUUCUUCAGUGGCGGCGUAUCCGGCAACACACUGCAGCAUGUGAGCAGCGAUGAAGAGGCUGAGCAGCUGCUGUCCGAAGAUUUCGCCAACUGCAGCCGGUGUGGGGAUAAGCAGGAGCGGAAGGCGAUUCGGCUCGAGGCCAUUAAGAGCCAGAUUCUGAGCCAGUUGGGGAUGACGGAAGCUCCCAAUGUCACUCUCAAGAAUCUCCCCCACAUACCGCCUUUAGACAACCUGUUGGAUCACUACAGUAUGCAGGCAGAUUCACCGGCUGCCUUUGUACCCGGCCCGGAAUAUGGGGAGGAUGAAGAUUUCUACAUUGCAGCCGAAAAAGUCCUCACUUUCUCCAAACCACUACCUGCAGUUCCUAUUGGAGAAGUGGGUGACCAGCAACUUUUCUUUCAUCUGCCGCUCAGCUUGAAACAUGCUCAAAUACAAUCAGCUCAGCUAUGGAUCUAUCUGAGACAGACUCGCCACCACCCUCUACCCCUCAACAUCACACUCUAUCAGAUGGAGAACAACUCUGAACUCAUACAGUUGAAGCGCAAGACUUUUGACCGGAAGAGCAAGCAUGGACACUGGAUAGUUUUCGAUGUAAAGAAAGUCAUCAACCACUGGUCAAAGCAUCAAGUAGCUGAUGUCGGAUUCCUCCUUCAUGCGACGGGGCUCGACAUGGCUGACUUAAUGAGAGUUUCCGACGAGAGCGGAGCUCAGACAGGAAAGAAACAACCCUUCAUAGAAACUAAAAUAGAAAAGCAGCGUACGCGCCGAUUGAAACGAAUGAUCGGCCUGAACUGCGAAGAGAACGCUGACGAGGUGAGAUGCUGCCGAUAUCCCCUGACGGUUGAUUUCGAAGAGUUCGGUUGGGACUGGAUCAUCGCGCCCAAGAGAUACGAGGCCAACUACUGCAGUGGAGAGUGCCCGUACGUCUUUCUGCAGAAAUAUCCUCACACGCAUUUGGUACAGCAGGCCAAUCCGCAGGGGUCGGCCGGACCCUGUUGUGCACCCAGAAAGAUGUCCUCCAUCUCCAUGCUCUACUUUGACUCUGACUUUAACAUCAUAUACGGAAUGCUUCCAGGGAUGGUGGUCGAUAGAUGCGGAUGCUCUUAGUCUUCGUCGUCUGACUUGUCAUUGUGGUACUUAGAAAGUUGCAUCCAAAUUAUUUAUUUGAACGAGAAGGAUUUAUAAAUGUAAUUAAAUUUUUACUUAAAAAAUCUCUUUUAUUGGAAGAAGUAUCUUGGAUAAUGCACCAUCAAAACAAAUCCAUAAAAUACGAUACUUUUCAUCCUCAAGAGGAUACUUCAAGUAUCUUUAUGAAUAUUAUCUCCGUAUAAGGAAAGUUUUUUUUUUGUCUCAUGAUCAUUUAAAAAAAUAUUAUUUAUUAAUAUUGCAAAAAUUAAGUAAUAUACGCCAUGCAAAAUAAUUAAGAACCCAAACCGAUCGAUGAUUUUGGAAUGUAUCAA